AGACUUCAAUUUUAUUUAAUUUAUUUUAGAAAAUGAGAAAUAAACACGGAUUUAUCAUCUAGAUCAAAUUCGAACAGCGAUGGGGUAAUACACAAAUGAAUUUUCAUACAUCGUGGAAACGUUGGACCUGAUGAAUUGUUCAAAAUGUGGAUAAGGGAUCGAACACUAAUCAUCUAUGGUUGGAGCUGUUUUAUACACCCAGUUUUUGCAGCUUUGACGGGUCUAAACAACUGCCAAGAUUGGAAAGGAGACUGGAUAAAAGAAGGGGAAUAUUACAUACCUAAAAAGAAUGAUCUUUGCAUGUCGUGUCUGUGCAAUCAAGGGCAUCCAACCAUGUGUAAAUCAGUCAGUUGUUCCCCGCCAGACUGUGCAACAAUGCUACAACCUGUAGAGGGCGAAUGCUGCAAGUUCAUUUGUAUUGCCCCUCCACGUCAUCCAAAUGACGUCAAGGAGAAUGGAACAGGAUAUGGAGGCGAUGUUCACCCGGAAACAAAUGUAGACGCAGUAAAUACAACAGACCUAGGGCUCCGAUUGGUUGCUAGUACUGUGACAUCAUUCCUUGUCCUGGCCCUGUUGCUGUUUAUGGUUCAUCGCCUGCGUCAGCGUCGGAUGCUCGUUAUGAUGAGACGGUUGAAUGCUGAGACAAGGAGCGAAGAUGAUGCAGUUGCCUAUGUGUCUGGGUAUGAUGACGUGCAAAUUGGGAUAGAGUUCCCACCAUAUGAGGAGCCUCCUCCCCCUUACUCCCCUCCCAAGCCCCCUGAUGACACCCAUGGUGAAGCUCCACCCCCUUACUCCGAAGAGAACCCUGGAACAGAAAAUGGUGGCAAUAGUGGGAAUAAUAAUCGUAACACUUUAAAUAGGAAUCAUGGGAAUGUGGCAUCCCUUACCCAGAAUGCAAGUGCUGAAACAAGUACUCCAGUGAAUGAUGGUUUAUCAAAUGGACCAAUCACUGAAAUUAUCGAGGGGCAGCGUUCAGUAAAUGAAAAUGAGGCCACAUGCAGAUUGGCUCCAGAAGAAGAGAAUCAUGAUGCAACAAUGAUAAGUGAUACCUUACAAGGUGACAGCGUUGGUUCUAACGCCCAGUCACAAGGGGUGAACUCUACCCAGCUGCCCCAAGUACCAGGUGCUCCCAUCACAGGUAGCCAACAACUUCCCGAGCCCUCACAGAUUCUUGUCUCCAUGCGAAACAACAGCCCACAAUCAACAAUCAUAAGAGACCAUUCCAAACAUAGACAUAUUAAAACAAAUAUACCCAGUGAGGGUAUGGACACUCAUGAAAGGUUAAGUGGUAGCCCUAGAGCUGUGGUAAUAAAAAGAUCUGAUAGUAUUGAGAUUAAAAGAUCCAGUCAUAGCCCAAGAAAUUCAUUUUAUCUCGAUGAUGAUACCGAUUUUCAACUCGGAGAGCAGGUAUCUAUUCAUGAUUUAACACCACAAUCUCAAACUUUGCCAAAAUCACACUCAAAUGCAGUUCAUCACCCCCGUAACAAAAACCUUAAAGAAUCGGACAGUAAAAAUGCAAAACACAAAAACAGGAGUCCAAAGUCUAAACGAAACUCAACAUGUUUGACAGGCUUAGGGUCAAGUCCUAGAAAUAAUCGUGAUAAAACUUCCGUAUUAGAAAACUCACGAAAUUCACGUCUCGUACAUGAUCAUGACAAUAAUGGGGCACUUGUGCUAUGCGAGAGCCCCCUUUUGGAGAAAAAGCAGAAUUCAUGCUCCGGAUUUAGAAUCUCUAAAGCCCUGGACUCUGUCCCCGUAGGACCCCUUGACUAUUCUAUUGAUUUAGGACCCCAUACCAACACUAUAACACAACAAGCUAUUGGAUACCAAAACAAUGAUAUUGCACCAAAAUUUGAACAAAAUGAAAUAGAGGAUGAUGAUAACAUCAAAGUUCCUCCUCCUAUAGUAAGGAAACAAACCCCUGAGCUACAGGAAAAUACAAGUAAGCCAAAUAAAAGUUCAAUACAGAGUGAUGCAAACAAUGUACCAGGUGAUAAGGCAGAAAUAAGUAAUAAUAAUGACACCUUUCCUGAAUUUUCUGAUCAAGGCCCAGACACAGAUGAAGAAUUUCAUAGUGCUAGUGGCACCCCUGCGACUCCUUCUCUGCCAGGCAUACCCCCUGUCUUAGCCUCUGUAUCAGAAACACCCCCUAUUGCAUCCAUAUCUAGUGUACCACUAACAGAACCCCAAAUAACAUCACCAGACAUGCAGUCAAAUAUGCAUACUAUAUCUAAUCCAGAUACAGCCUCGACAGAAAAUUACAAUCAAGAUCCAAAAACGAAAUCAGAUGAUCAAGUAAAAGAACAUGAUGUAAUAGUUGAUGAUGACUUACAAGGAGCGUGUGGUGAUAUUGUAAAUGAUAACAGUGUAUGCGAUAGUGCAAGCACAAACUCUAAUCAACCAGUUCGGAAGUUUAAACCUUUAACAAUAUGGAAAGAUGGCCCUGGGGUGGAUGUCGAUAAAGCCAUGAGCCCUGGGGAAUGCUCUCUGGCUAGAACCCCCAUUUCCCCGGAGAUGCGCCCCUUGCAUGCCCGGUCCAACUCUCUUAUAUCCCAAGCCUCUCUAUUCUCUGUUUGCUCAGAGACUGGUGAGAGGAAAAAACCAAAGAAUCGUCAGAAUGGUCAAACUCGCAAUUCAACCAAUCAAGGACAGGAUGUUGUUGGAAAUGUUAAAAAUACUGAUGAUGAUAUAGAGAAUCAUGCGAGUGAUAGCUGUAAUGGUGCCAUUAAUGUAGCGGAUGGAAAUGUUAAUGAUAGAGGAGUUAACCAAUCGUGUGUUGGCUCGGAUAAUGUGAACGACGAAAGGGGUGCUAUCCAAGCAUGUUCUUCUCCUGAACAUUCCAAUAUGCAAACCAGUGAUGAAACAUUAAGUAAUGAUUCUUUAUAUCCUGAAACUCAUAAAUAUAUGCAGAACAACGAGAACAAUACAACGAAUAAAAUAGAUGGGAGAGUUUCCAAAGAACCACUUAUUAUGAUACCUGCUAGUGUGAAAAGGUGGAAUUUAGAAUUGGAUGGCAAAUCUCGUCCCGUUAGUUACCCCUCAAGCCUUGAGGGAGAUAAUAAUACACUGUCACCAUCUAUAAAUAGAAACUCUAGUUACCAUGACAAUGUUAAUAAUUCAAACAGUGCCAAACAGAACGAUUUUGCACACCAUGGUGCAAGGCCAAAACAAUCGAACAAAAUUAAAACCAAACGGAAAGAUAUUACUCGAAAUAACUACAAAGAUGGCGACAAUAAUGUGAUUCAAAAUAAUCUUUCCAAAGUAAAAAACAUGGACAAAACAACAUCGCCUAAAUGGGCCCAUAGUAAAAAUAUAAACCAUAAAAAUGACACAAAGGCUAAUCCAAAAUUGCAGAGUAAAUUUAAACAAUAUGGAUUUAUUGAUAAAGUGUGUAAUAAUGAAACAAUAGAGCAGGAGCAUGCUACAACAAUUGCGACAAGGGAACAAAUGAAUCUCACAAGAGAACGUGAAUCUGAGAGUACCAAAGUGAAAAAAUCAAAGAAUAAAUUGGAAUCUGUUAAUGGACAUAAGAAAAAGAAAUCAAGGAAUUCAUUUUUUAGUCAAGAUCAUGAAUCUACAAAAUAAUUUGAUGUUGCCUAAUGGAAAAAUGAUAUUUUAGAGGAUAUUUGAGUCUCAAUAAAUUUUUGAAAAUGUUUAAUAUUAAAUUAAUGUUAAUGAGCUUUCUGCUCUAAAAUGACUUUUGUGAUAAUGUUUUUGUAGUGAGGUGUCCACUCAAUAAUGUUCUCAUAUAUUGUUUCUAAUGUUGUACUUACCAUUUUCUGUUUCCAUAGAUUAUUUAAUGCUUCCAGUGAACAAACAUUAAUUUAUUUAUAAGUUAAAUGUAGUAAAAUAAAAUUCACUCUGGAUGUAGUUGUACAUGUAUUUACUAUUUAUUAAUUGUAAAAAAAAGAUUGCGAUUUGUACAAAGCUUAUAAUGUAUACAUGUAUUUUAUAGAGUAUGGUGUUAAAGAGGUACAU